AUGGUAGAUUUAUUUGUAAAUAACAAUCACCUUUAUAUUCUGUGCAAGACCUGCGAGUCUGUACUAAUGUAUGGUAAAUCUAUAUUGCCAGCAGAAUGUGACACUCGGAUUUGUGAUAGCGACUGUCGAUUCCUUAAUGUGAAUAAUGCGAAGUAUGGUGCAUUCAUAUGGGACAACAGUGAGGCACAUAAAUUUUUGCAAGAGCUACACAGAAACCAUGAACAAGUGUGGUUAUUAGGGAGUCCUGAAGCUCUUUACACAAGUGUUCACGGAAAAGCUAAAGUGGUGAUGGAACUACUUUGA